ACCAUCAGUAGUGGGGGCUAUACUUUAGGAGAAAUUAUUAGCUAAUCCAGAGCAUAGUCAUAUAUAUUUAGAAGGCUUUGAUCACAUUCUCCUCUUCUUAUUUUUGAAUAUUCAUCUCUAUCUCUAAAACUCUCUCUGGUGGUAACGUUUUUUUAUUACACGCCUCAAAUCUCUCUUUGUUUCAUAUAUAUAUAUAUAUAUAUAUAUAUAUAUAUACACACAGUUCCAUCGUAUACAACUAUCAGGCUUUGGUAAUUCAUUACAAACUAUCAGACAUUCAAGAAGGAGCUUGACUAAUGGCUAAAGAAGUUUCAAAUGGAGAGAACCAUGUAUCUACAAGACCCCCUCCGAGCCCGUCUCCAUUGAGAAAUGGCAAAUUUUAUCAGGCCAACAUGAGAAUUUUGAUUACGGGAGGAGCUGGAUUCAUUGGCUCUCAUCUAGUGGACAAAUUGAUGGAAAAUGAGAAGAACGAGGUGAUUGUUGUGGAUAACUACUUCACUGGCUCGAAGGACAACCUAAAGCAAUGGAUUGGUCAUCCAAGAUUUGAGCUUAUUCGUCAUGAUGUCACGGAGCCAUUAUUAAUUGAAGUUGAUCAAAUAUAUCAUCUUGCAUGUCCUGCUUCUCCAAUUUUCUACAAAUACAAUCCUGUUAAGACAACCAAAACAAACGUGAUCGGGACAUUGAACAUGCUGGGACUUGCCAAGAGAGUUGGAGCAAGGAUUUUGCUUACAUCAACUUCAGAGGUUUAUGGGGAUCCUCUUGUGCAUCCCCAGACUGAGAGCUAUUGGGGCAAUGUCAACCCUAUAGGAGUUAGGAGUUGUUAUGAUGAGGGUAAGCGGGUGGCUGAGACAUUGAUGUUUGAUUAUCACAGGCAGCAUGGGAUAGAAAUCCGGAUAGCAAGGAUCUUCAAUACUUAUGGACCCCGCAUGAAUAUUGAUGAUGGACGUGUUGUUAGCAAUUUCAUAGCUCAAGCAAUCCGUGAUGAUCCCAUAACUGUACAAUUACCUGGAACACAAACUCGGAGUUUUUGUUAUGUUUCUGACAUGGUUGAUGGUCUUAUUCGACUUAUGGAAGGAGAUCAUACAGGGCCAAUCAACAUCGGAAAUCCAGGUGAAUUCACAAUGCUCGAACUUGCUGAGACAGUAAAAGAGCUCAUCAAUCCUGAAGUGAAGAUCUCGACUGUGGAUAACACACCAGAUGAUCCUCGCCAGAGAAAGCCAGACAUCACAAAGGCAAAGGAGUUGCUUGGUUGGGAACCGAAGAUCAAGUUGCGCGAUGGUCUUCCCCUCAUGGAAGAGGACUUCCGCAAGAGGCUUGGAAUCACAAAUUAGAUGUGAACUCCCAUUAUAGUACAAAAUGGCAAGCCAUGCCCAGCUUCCGUUUCAACUUAUAUGAGCAAGUUCCUGAGAAAUGCUUUAAUCAAAGUGUAAACAUUAUUUUCUGCAAUGACUCUUGUCAUCAAAGUACACAUGCUCAUACACUUGUGUUAUGUUUUGGAUCUCCCAAUUUUUUUUUAUAUAUCAUGUAGUGCUGGAAGUGCAUUACUGCAACAUGAAACCAGACUCUCUCGCUUUUUUUUUAACUUCUUUUCUUUUUAGAUUCCUGUUGGUUUGGGUGUAAAAUAUAUUUUAAAAAAUAUAUUUUUUAUUUUUUUAAUAUUGAAUUGUUGUAAAAUAUUUACAAAGAAAAAAAAAAUUCAAAAUAUUUUAUUCAUAAAUUUUUAGUUAUUUUAUAUGUUUCAAAAAUAAUUAAAAUAAUAAAAUAUUUUACUUAAAAAAAAU